AUGCCAUUCUUCCCGUCGGAAGGGACCCUACCGUUGGCGAGUGCUGGGGCCGCCACCGGACUGCUCGGUUCGAUCGUACUGCUGCGAUUGUACAAGCUGCGCAAAUGGGGCUGGGUUAAGUCAAACUUUUCACUCGAGGGCAAAACAUUCGUCAUUACCGGUGCGAAUACCGGGCUCGGCUAUGAAACAACGAAAGCGCUCGUUCGCCGGCAGGCAACAAUCGUAAUGGCGUGCCGUAAUCUGACCAAGGCUAAUGAAGCGAUCGGAAAAAUACGCUCCGAGCUGGGCGGUACCAUACCGGGCGCAUUAAUACCGAUGGAACUGGAUCUGGCAUCGUUCCGGUCGAUUAGACGCUUUGCCGGGGAGUUACAGCGUACCAUGCCGCAGUUGUACUGUCUGGUGAACAAUGCUGGAUUGGCUGUGCGGAAACCAGAGUUUACGCGGGAAAACUAUGAAGUUCACUUCGGCGUAAACCAUCUCGGUCAGUUCCUGCUGGUGGAUUUGCUCCGGGAGCAACUGCUCGAGCAAAGGACGCGCGUCGUCGUGGUCUCUUCGCGCAUGCACGAGAUCGAGGCAGAGAUCGAUUUCAAGCAUCUGGGCCGUUGGGUUGAGUACGGGAGCCGGUUGAACCGGCUGUACAACAACUCGAAGCUGAUGAACUUCUACUACGCCCGGGAGCUGUACAAACGGGGCUACAACGUGCACGUGCUGUGUCCGGGCCUGUGCCAUACGGAUUUCUUCCGGCAUUACGACCCGAAGUGGUACCACUAUCUGGUGUUUUCCCCUAUCGUGUGGCUGUUGCUUCGAUCCGGUGAACAGGGUGCCCAGAAUAUUAUUUAUGCGGCAACGGAAAGCGUUACCACCCCGGAGCGUAAUCCACUGACGGGAUACUUCGUUUCGAACGUGAAGAUGCGCCAUUCAAAGUUUCACUUCGACGAGGAAACGUCCGUCCGGUUGUGGGAGGAGAGUGUUCGUGCGAUUGCGGAAUCGGAAGCUAAAAGCAUAAAAGAUGCACAAAGCACUUAGGAAGGAAAUUUUAUGACUUACGAUAAGGGGUUUUAGGAUAACAUAUUUUUACAAACAACUACUGUUACCUAGGGGUUUGGUCCUCCUCGUUGGCAUAUUGGAUUCCUGUAAUGGGUUGGUUCUUCUCUGGAUCACUGAGAUUAGUUGGCUUGGUAUGUGUGCGGUGUGGUGUGGUGUGUUCCCUAAAGGAUAAGAUUAUUUUCAUAACAAAUCCUUGUAUAUACUUUUCUGCAUUAACACGCAUGGGAUGUACAAAGGGUUGCUAUACCUGUGGGAUUUAGAAUUACGUCUGACAUUAAGCUACUGUACCGUAACCUCUCUU